AUGACAAAAUCGUUCACGAGCUAUGUUGAUCUAAAGAAAGAAGCCAUAAAGGAUCUUGAAGCCGGUCCCGAUAUCGAAAUGGGAACAGCCCAGUUGGACAAUAACCUCACUGCAUUCUUGGAAGAAGCAGAAAAGGUGAAGCAAGAAAUGAACUCAAUCAGAGAAAUCUUGAACCAUUUACAAGAAGCCAAUGAGGAGAGCAAAGCCCUUCACAAACCUGAAGCCCUGAAAGCGUUGCGAAACCGCAUAAAUUCAGACAUUUUAUCCGUGUCAAAGAAGGCCAGAACCAUAAGGGCUCAGCUGGAGGACAUGGACAGGGCUAAUGCUCUGAACAGGCGCCUUUCAGGAUGCAAGUUGGGCACCCCUGUGGAUCGGACUCGGUCUGCUGUCACGAAUGGACUCCGAAAGAAGCUCAAGGAGCUGAUGAUGGACUUCCAGGGGCUGAGACAGAGGAUGAUGAACGAGUAUAAGGAGACUGUUGGGAGAAGGUAUUUUACUGUGACUGGAGAAUAUCCUGGCGAGGAGGUGAUAGAGAAGAUUAUAACCAGUGGAGAUGGCCAUGGGGGUGAAGAAUUUCUGUCUAGAGCCAUACGGGAGCAUGGGAGGGGGAAGGUGGUGGAGACAGUGGUGGAAAUCCAAGACCGGCAUGACGCAGCCAAGGAGAUUGAGAAGAGUCUGCUGGAGCUGCACCAGAUAUUUCUCGACAUGGCGGUGAUGGUGGAGGCGCAAGGGGAGAAAAUGGAUGACAUUGAGCAUCAUGUGAUGAAUGCAGCCCAAUAUGUUAGUGAUGGAACUAAAAAUCUCAAGACUGCUAAAGACUACCAGAGGAGCAGCAGAAGGUGUUUGUGUAUAGGAAUGAUUCUUCUUCUUGUGCUUAUUCUUGUUGUAAUCAUCCCUGUUGCCACCAGUUUCAGUAACUCUUGA